AAACUAAUGGUAUUGUAAUACCUACUUUUUGUUUAUUUAAAGCGAAUGAGAGUUAACUUGUAAUGGUGUUAUUUCCUUAGAGAUUAUAUAUAGUGAUAAACCUAACGAAUGAGCUUCUUUUUUGAUAAGGUGUAUCUACAUCCACAAGAUAUAGCUUAAGAGCGCAUCAAACACUUUCAUUAACGUUGCUAAUUAAUAGAGAAAAAAUUGAAAGGAGAAGAAGAUGGGUUUAUUGCCAUUGGUGAAGAAACUAGGUUUCAUCUUUCUUCUUGUUUCAGCUUCAGCGUUUGCUCUAUCUUCUGCAGGACGACCAUCAAUUCUGAUCUAUAGCCAAGACGAUAAUCAUGAGGUGGUGGAAAGAAGAAUACAUGAACAUGAGAGAAUUCUGAGAAUGAAUUCAAGAGACUAUGGUCACUUCAGUCCUAAACCAAAGCUCGUGAGGCCUCCUUUCAAGCUCAUUCCCAACUGAUCAUAUCAUGGAUCGACUAUAUAUAUAUAUAGAUGCCGACUUUGUGAGAUGUAUAAUAUAUAUAUACCUAAAGACUAACAUUGCAAUAAGUUUAAAUGAUAAUCCAGUUAUCA